AUGAUCUCCGCCGUAGUCCUCGUGACCACGGCACUAGUGUGGCCCAUUCACGUGUUGAGUGGACAGAUCCCUGUCGUGGAUGGAGUUAUUGGUGGUAUACCUAGCACUCCCAACGCACUCGAGGAUUCGGUCAUCGAGAGCACCAGUGCCAGUGCUCCGACGCCAGGCAAGCUGCGCGUUACAGAGAAUUCAGGCAUCUGUGAAACGACGCCGGGUGUAUAUCAAGCUUCUGGAUACGGUGAUAUCUCAGCGAACGAGAGUAUAUGGUUUUGGUUUUUCGAAGCACGAAACAACCCAGAAACUGCUCCUUUGGUUACAUGGUUUAACGGCGGGCCCGGAAGCUCCAGUAUGAUCGGUCUUCUCCAAGAAUUAGGCCCAUGCCGGAUCAGCAACGACAGUACGACCGUAUCACUCAACCCAGAGUCAUGGAACGAAAAUGCUAACGUCAUGUUCAUCGACCAACCCGUCGGUGUAGGGUUCAGCUACGGUACCACGACGGUGGGCACAUCACAGGAAGCGGCAUCGGACGUUUGGGAGUUUCUCCAGAUCUGGUUCAAUGAUACGAGGUUCAGCAAGUUCCAAGACAAUGAUUUCGCUGUUUGGACUGAGUCGUAUGGCGGGCAUUAUGGUCCUACCUUUGCGGCACACUUUUUGGACCAGAACGAAGCGAUUGCUAACGGAUCGAUCUCUGGCAUUCCAUUGAACUUGAAGGCUCUUGGAGUUGGCGAUGGGCUCACCGACCCGCUCUUGCAGUAUCCCGGAUACAUAACUUACGCAGCCAGUAAUCCAUACCACCCAUUGACUUCGGCUACCGCAAUCUCACGUGGCAACACUUCGUUCUAUGAAGUGGGAGGAUGUCAAGACCAGAUCCAAGCUUGUUACGACACCGGUGCCACAAGCACUUGCUCCGCCGCACAAAGCUUCUGCAACAACAACAUCCUUUCGCCCCUCGCUGGCAACUUCGAUGUGUACUAUGUCCUCACGGCUAACCCUGAUCCAUAUCCGCCUGAUCUCACCCCUUUCCUCACAAACUCGACCAUCGUGAGCCAGAUUGGAGCGCAGGCUAAGUGGACGCAAUCGAGCAAUACUGUAUACAGUAACUUUGCGAGAACGGGUGAUUGGAUGCAUAACUCGAGGCCGGAUUUGGAGAGGGUUAUUGAUUCGGGUGUCCGCGUGCUUGUAUACGACGGUGAUGCUGUGAACGGACUCCAAACUCAAUUCUCCGCCACCUUCGCUCAACAGGAAUUCGCGAACUUCACCGUCAAUGGCGUACCUGCUGGCCUUUUCAAGAAUGCAGGGACUUUCUCUUACGUCCGCAUUUUUGGCGCUGGACAUGAGGUGCCCGCAUAUGAGUUCACCAAUGUGCCCAGGGGUGCUGCGGCGUCGCAGUUCUUCAACCAGAUCAUGUCGAACCAGAGUCUCUCUGGGACAUAA